CUCAGAGCGCUGCUUGGUGCUGCUGCUGCUCUCUCUCUUCAUUACUCCAAAAACUCUUGAUUAUAAAUAAUAAUUGAUAAUUCAAUGUGAUCGGUCAAUAAAAUCAUAUAAUUAUGUUGUCGACACUUUUUCGAGCUGCUCUAAGAGGAGCCGUUCGGUGUCGAGCUGCUGUGUCAAUGCCGAAAUUGCAAAACUAUGGAUUUUCCGAGGAGAAACGCCUUGUUGGGGGGUUGCAAUCCAGUUACGCUAGCGAAUAUCGAGGGAUUUGCUCAACUGUGUCGUCGAUGAGAUUGAAUCAAUAUGUUAGAGCCUCACCCAUUGUUCCUGAUGGAAGUUUAUUAACAAAAUCAGUUGAAACAACUGUUCUCAACGGAUAUACACCCACCCGUACCGUCGUCAAGUUUACAAAAUCUCAGGGAAAGCGACAAUGUGUUAAAACUGUUUUAAAACGCUUCUACAGGCUCAAUUGGGGCAUCUGGAUAAGAACCAAAGCUGGCAGACACAAGCGACGAUGGAAAAAAAGUGGUGCCAAUGCUAGACGUUCUCGUCAACAUGUCUUCUGUAACGCAACCCAGUCGUGGCUACUGGACAAAAUGGUCACACCCUUCUGGAGAAAGCCCAAGUACUGGGUCGAUGACCCCUAUGCUCCCUAUCACAAACGUGAGGAGUACUGGGCUACCAGAACUACACCGUCACCCGUUAUUCGGAAGCCACCGUCUACAUGAUAACUUGGCUUAGACAUUGGCGAUGUGGCGAUGGUGCCAUAUUAAUAAUAAUAAUAAUAACGAUAAAUAUACUGUUAAUACAG